AUGACUCAAGUUGAAGAGAAACCUUUGGUUUGCAAUGCAAUGUCAACCAUAAGUGAGAGUUAUUUAGAUAAUUUCUCGUCACUGAGAAAAGCUGUAACUGCGGCAGCAUGGUUGAGAAGAUUUUACCAGAGUUUUUCAGCAAGAUAUAUUGUGGAUAGGUCAAGCUGGAUUACGUUUGAAGAACGUAAAAUUGCAUUGCUGGGUUUGGUAAUUAAUAAUCAACGAUUAUACUUUCAUGAGGUGAUUAAACAAUUAUCAAAGGGUGAAGCACUAUCGAGGUCAAGCCCUUUGAUAAAAUUAACACCAUUCCUUGACAAGGAUGGUGCAUUAAGAGUCGGUGGAAGACUGAGUAGAUCCCUCAUGACAAGUGACCAAAAAAAUCCGUUAAUAUUACCGAGAGAGUCAAAACUAACUGAACUGAUACUCGACGAGUGCCAUGUAAAUACAUUACAUGGUGGUGCACAAUUGAUGUUGGCCACAUUGAGACAACAAUACUGGAUUGUUGGUGGUCGAGUACCAGUCAGGAGUUUUAUAAAUAAAUGUGUUGUUUGUGUAAGACAUCGAGCUGAAGCUGCACAACAGUUAAUGGGUCAACUACCAGCAUCUAGAGUCUUAAAAUGCAAGCCAUUUCUCCAUACAGGAGUUGACUAUGCUGGUCCAUUUGAACUGAAGACAUGA